GAAUUAAAACCUCACAUUUUCACAGUAGCAGAAGAAAGCUACCGAAACGUCCAGAGCCAGAUUCCAUUAGUCAAUCAGUCCAUCAUUGUUAGUGGAGAAAGCGGUGCUGGUAAGACAUGGACCUCCCGCUGCCUGAUGAAGUUUUAUGCGACUGUUGCAGCUUCCCCUGACCUCCCAGAAGGCAGUAUAUCGGUGGAGAGGAUAGAGCAACGCGUGUUGGAUUCCAAUCCUGUCAUGGAAGCUUUUGGAAACGCAUGCACCCUUCGGAAUAACAACAGCAGCCGCUUUGGGAAAUACAUCCAACUUCACUUAAAUAGAUCUCAGCUUUUAACAAGUGCAUCCAUUCAGACUUUUCUUCUGGAGAAAACGAGAGUUGCCUAUCAAGCCCCUCAGGAAAGGAAUUUCCAUAUUUUUUACCAGAUUGCAAAAGGAGCCACGCUGGAUGAGCGCCAAGAAUGGGAUCUUCUGGAGAGUGCACAAUUCUGUUGGCUUCCAAAUUCUGAAAAGACUCUAGAAGAAGACUCUUUUGAUGUCACUCGGGAGGCCAUGACCCACCUGGGCAUUGACAGUUUCACCCAGAAUAAUGUUUUUAAGAUACUAGCUGGUCUUCUCCAUUUGGGCAAUGUUCAGUUCUGCGAGUCAGAAGAUGAGGCACAACUUUGUGAGUUAGAAGACCUGGCCAAAGGCUUUGCAGAGACUGCUUCCCGGCUUUUAAGAGUGCCUGAGGAGCGUUUGUUGGACACACUGAUUUCCUUUGGAAGCUUUUUAGAACGUUACGGGCUGCUGAAGAAAUUAAAGGAACAAAAUCUGAAAGCCACAUCCAGUCAAGAAAAUGGCUUUUGGCCUGUUGCAGGGAACGGCAAAUCAGGGACUCCUCCUGUAAAAGAAGAAGGUGACAUUUUGCAGUCUGAGGUCCAAGAUAUCCUUCAGCAAGUGAAACCCAGUAAUUCUUCCGUCAAACCUGGAGAAACCAGAUCACACAAUCUAUCAAUGUUUUGUGGCAAGACCAAAAUAUUUUUGACCAGCUCCAUGCUGGAGCUUCUCGAAUUCCAAAGGGCUUCUAUCUUAUCCGAGAAAGCGUACUGCAUCCAAUGCUGUUGGAGAAGGUUUAGGAGGAAGAAAGUGGCCAGGCAGAGAUGGUCUGCAACCAUCAUCCAAUCAGCUGUUCGCCAGUGGUUAACUAGGAAACAUUUCCAGAAGUUACGUAAAGCUGUUAGGAUUAUAAAACAGGCCUGGAAGAAAUGGAAGACCAAGAUGGCUGUGAUAGCCGCAGAAGAACUGGAUGGCAUGGAAGAACAUCCCUCUCUCCUCAGAAAAGCUGCUUCCUCACGCCAGGCUGCUAAAAAACUGGACGGGUCCUGGCCUCUGAAUUCCAUCAUCCACUCCUGGCCUCUCAGUCUUGUUCUAUCACGCGCCCCGACGACACUUGGGGGGCUCCAGAGAGACCUUGCUCUCCUAACGUGCCUCCAAGUCUUAGAGAAGGUGAGCUGGACCAAGGCGGAGACCAGGCUCCCAGUCGUAGGUGUCAGCUCCAUCCGAGCUCCUCCACAGGGCUCCAUCAAGUUCCACUGCAGGAAGUCCCCGCUGCUUUAUGCCAACACCAGGCCAUACAGCCACAGCUGCAUAGUGGCUGGGUUCAACCAGAUUCUCCUUGAUCAGUGUGCAAUACCUUGAGUCUGCAAGGGUCCUUUGGGAUCCUUGAUCUGCCCUGUAUUUAUUGCUCCUGGUAAUAUCUUCUUCUUAGGCUGCUUCCUGGAGGACUAGAAAACUUAACUUAAGCACUUCUUCCACAUACAGAAAUGGUCUAAAACAG